CUGUUUCCUGGAGACCCUAGCGCUCCCCGCUCACCCUGGCAACUUCCGGUGCCGCUCGCUUCCCUUCUCGCCGCCUCUCCUUGCGUCCCGGAAUCCCUGCCCUUGGCACGACGUAAACCUCUUUGGCUCCCACGAUGCCUUAGCGCCCACCUGCUUCAAAGCCUAACUCCAUCGGAAGCUAGGUUGUCCGAUCCUGGUCGUGGCCUCCAUGUUCACUAACCACGCCUCUCGGCCCGCGGGCACCUACACCUACACCAGCCGGCCCCGGCCGCUGCCCUGCCAGCGCCGCCGUUACCGAGACAGCCUGACGCAGCCAGCUGAAGAACCUAUGCAAUAUGGAAACAUAAUGUAUGACAGAAGGGUGAUCCGAGGCAACACUUACGCUCUACAAACAGCACCACUGCCUGAGAGUAUAGAGAUUCAGAGACAACAGCAAGCUAAGAAGAGGGCUCUUGCCAGAAAACGAAUCCAAGAGCAGUUCAGACCACAAACACCGGAACCUGUGGAAGGCAGAAAGCACGUGGAUGUGCAAACAGAAUUAUACCUUGAAGAAAUUGCUGACCGCAUAAUAGAAGUUGAUGUGGAAUGCCAAACAGAUGCGUUUUUGGACAGACCACCAACACCACUCUUUAUUCCUGCCAAAACUGGCAAAGAUGUGGCCACUCAAAUACUAGAAGGAGAGCUCUUUGACUUUGACCUUGAAGUUAGACCAAUGUUAGAAGUUUUGGUGGGAAAGACUAUUGAGCAGUCUCUUCUGGAAGUAAUGGAAGAGGAAGAGUUGGCUAAUCUGCGGAUCAGUCAGUUUGUGUAUGAAGAGUUAUACAAUAUCGAACUUGCUGAAAUUCAGAGACUUGAAGAGCAAGAGAGACGACACCGAGAGGAAAAAGAACGUCGGAAACAGCAGCAGUGGGACACAGUGCACAAGCAUAGCGAGACCUCACAGAAAAUCGCAGCCCGAGCGUUCGCGCAGUGGUACCUGGCCGACCUGCUCCCUUCUGUCUUUGGCAGCCUCAGGGAUGGUGGCUACUUUUUUGAUCCCAUUGAAAGAGAUAUUGAGAUAGGAUUCCUUCCAUGGCUAAUGAAUGAAGUUGACAAAACGAUGGAAUACACCAUGGUGGGAAGAACAGUCCUUGACAUGUUAAUUCGUGAGGUGAUUGAGAGGAGACUGACUAUGUAUGAGCAUAACGAGAAGCGCCAGCCUCCAAAACCUGAGAGUGGGCUCGGUGGUCCUGGAGCGAUGAGAGAUCCACUGGUGGGUUAUGAAUUCCCAGAACAAAAUGCAUCCCAGUCACAGAGAUCACUUCCGGAUAGAGACCCUCUGCAAAGAACACUAUAUGACGAAAGUUAUAUAGAGAAAAUGUCACCCCAAGAAAGGAUGCUUAUGGAAGAAGAAGAUGAGGCAAUAGAAAUGAAGAAAUUCUCAGGGAGGGAAGAACUAUCACAACUGAGGGAAGCUUGGGAGCCAUGAAACCUAUCAACAGUAUUGCCGGCAAUCAGGUAAUGAUGCAUGAAUCCCCUCAGGCUACGGAAAUUAGGUUGUAUUUAGUCAACAUGUCUUUUUUGUGUCAUGGACUGGGCAAAUCAAAUAGUUUGAAAUAAUAAAACUAAUAAAAAGUGAAACUUACGUACUUCGUUUAUUUAAUAGAAUAUCUAGACGCUAUAUUGUAACUCUGAGAAUUAUGCUUAAUUACACGCUUCCCAUUAUCACUAUAUACAACUAACAAAUAUAUUUUUCCUUAAUCUUUCUAAUUUGUGGGUUAGUUAUUUUUUUUUUGUUAUCAGUGCUAUCAGCCACUGAGCUUUUCUUCUCUAUAGGAAAACUGCGUAACUCACUCUAUGAAAGAAUUCCUAAACAUAGUUACUGAAAGCUGUAUGUAGUGCACCCUCUUUUAAGGGCCAAGAAAAAUAUACUUGUAUUUGUAUAACAUUAAACAAAUAGUUACCCCUUCCAUCUCCAAUAUUCAA